UACAUGUAGCCAAUGUUCAGCAAACGAUUUUUACGAAUCUAUAUUAAACAGGAGAAAACGCAAGGAAGAAUUCACUCUUAAAUGCGAAAUAAAGUUCAGGCCCAUAUAGCAAAUAAACAUUGUAUAGAGUGCGCUUCCAUUUGCAAAAUAUAGAAAUUCAUAUUUACGAAAAUGUCCUCCGAACCGAACGAAAGCCUACAACAGACGGCAGAUAUCAGCAAUCUGCAGGAAAGUUUUCUGCAACAGCAGGAAAAAAUUUCCGCACUUAAGGAACUGGUACGAAAAUCUGGAGCCGCACAUGGAUCAUCCAAAAGUGCUGCUCAAGAAAAAGUCAAAAGCAUUGCCGAGAGACUUUUAAAGUCCAAGGCCAAGUCAAAACAGGGCUUAAAUGUUUCCACAUACUCGACAGAAGUGACUUCACUUGAAGCCUCUUUGGGUCACGAGGAAAAGCCCAGUUUCUUGAACAUUUCCCAAGCGUCACCCUUGCCAAGUCAUACAUCCACACCUAAUCCUACACCAAUAAAACUUAAUACAUCCACAUCAUCUAAUUUGAUUAGCACACCUGGAAGUGAAAAAAUUGCCUUAAUGCGACAGCAAUUAGAGCAGAAUAAGCUUAGAAUGGCUCAGAAAGCUUCCAGCAAGCAGCAUUUGGAACAAUUGGUUUCACAGCUAAAGGAAAAGUUCGACUCAACGCAACAGUGUUUGGAGAACACUUCGGAAUUAGGGAAAUCAAUGUCCGACCUCAACCUUCUUAUAUACACGCCAACCAGUAGGGAGAGGCACAAAUCAGCCACAGACCUUACAACGCAAAAUUUCAGUUUGGAGAAGGAGCGUAUCAAGUUCUUGGAGAAUAGAUGCCGGCUGCUGGAAAAGCAAUUGGAAAAGGAAAAACAGAAUAGUAACAGUCGUAGCCAUAUUCAGGAUACCGAGAAUAAGAUUGAAGAAUUGGAAAAGCGGCUAGCCAGUCAACAGUCUAUAUUCGAUGAAAAGGAAGCUGCAUACAAAGAGGAAAUGGGUCGAUUGCAAUUAUUAAUAAAGGAUUAUAAACCUGACCUAUUUGAGGCUGAUGAUCAUCAAAACGUGGAAAGCAACGAAAAAAAUGACUUAUAUAAGAAGGUAGAAAUCCUGUCAAAGGAAAAUGCCCGUUUGUUACAAGAAGUUGAAUCUUUGUCCGUAAAAAGAGAUCAUGAGCAAGACUCCUAUGAAACCGAUCUACUGAAAGAGGAAAUUAGAGAACUCAAAGCACAACUAAACGCAUUUAGUCUAAAAGAGUCAGGAGAGUCCUCCAAUAUGAAUUCUGAAAACGAACUCCUGAAAACUGAAGUUGAGACCCAAUUGAAUCGUAUUAAGGAACUGCAAGAAAUUAACGAUGUCUUAGAAACAGCUCGUUGCGAUUUAGCAUCUAAAACAACCCAGCUCGAAGAACAGGUUAAAGAAUUGCAGGCGAAUGUAAUUGUAUUGGAAGAAAAACUGAAAUGUUCCGAAGAAAAAUACAAUGAAUUGCAGAGAGAGUCAGACGGUUUAAAAGUCUCGGAGUCCACAAAGCCUGAUACAGACACCCAAGUCAAGGCUGAAAUGGCAAAACAAAUCCAAGAGCUAAUGGACGAAAUAGGAGAGUUGAGAUUAGAAAACACGAAACUGCAACAAUCUAUAUCCGAGCAUGAAAAGCAAGAAAUAAAAGAAUCAUCCGUAGCGGAAAAAGUAGAACACUUGGAGGCUACCAUUGAAUCACAGAGGGAAGAGUUGCUUAAAGCCCAAGAAACACUGAAGAAAAAUGAAGAAGAACUUAUGGAAAAGACCAUAGAGCUGAAUGUUUUGAAUGCCAGCUUUAAAGUCCUAGAGGAGAAAAUUGAAAGUUCUGCCAAAGCCAAGCCUCUUUUCUCUACAUCGGGAUCAGCUGGUCAACAGGACAACGACAACACUGAGUUGGAAAUGGAAAAUCAACAACUCAAACAAAAACUGGAUGAAUCCAAUAAGGCUAUGAUAAAAUUGAAACUGAAAUGUAAACAGACCGAAAAACAAAUAGAAAAACUCAAAAAAGGAUCAGAUCUUCAUGAAGAAGUGGUGCGGCUGAACAAGGAGAAAGAACAGUUGCAACAAAAAAUUACAGAACUGGAAGAUGAGAAAGGACAAUGGCAAUUGACACAGAUGGAACCUCCAUCAUGUUCACAUGACAGCAUCUUGAAGGAAUACCAGACACAAGUGACAACUCUCUCAGAAAAUUUACAAGAAAAAGAAAAGCAAAUUGAGACAUUGAAACAAGGUGAAAGCACUCGCGUUAAGUCUGAGUUAACGGAAAUACAAUAUGAAGAGCAGAUCAAGGACCUGACGGAAGAGGUGGCAUUCAUGCGGCAUGAGUUAGAGAAGAAAGAGGAAGCAUUGCACACUGCCAACAAAUCCAUUGAAGUAAUCAAACAGCAGAAAGACGAGCUAGACAAAAAACUUGAACAUUAUUUAAACGAAAACAUAGAGCUCAUGGAUAAAGUUGAAAAACUUAGUAAGUCGUCCUCCUCAGCUGAAUCUAUAGAAAUAGUGGAACGGCUUACGCAGCAGGAAAAACAAGAACUUGAAGAAUUUAAUAAACGCUUAGAAACGGGUGAGACCAGCCAAUCCUCUGAUAUAUCUUCGCACAAGGAUUCUGUUAAUGAGCUAACCCAAACUGAAAUGAAUCCUGAAUUAACGGAAAGUCUCAAUAAGUUACGUGAAGAAAGCUCAGAAUUAAUGUCCAAAAUUGAACUCUUUACUAAUGAACGUCGUGAGGUAUUGGAAAAAAUGGAACAUUUGACAAGCGAAAACCACGAGCUGUUGCAACGCAUUGAAGAGCUUACCAAAGACAAGAAUGAUUUGGAGUCAAAGCUGGAGUCUGCCAGAAAGAAGCAGGAUGAUUUGGUAACUAAACUCGACAACGCCAAUAAGGAGAAGAAUACCCUUGCAGUUCAAAUUGCCGAAUCAAAAGCCAACAAAAAUCAGCUAUCACAAGAACUCACAUCGCUACAACAAUCCUCGGAGGUUGUGCCAGCUAUUGAGAAUGGAGAAUCGCUCUUCGAAAAAUGUGAAAAGUCAUUGUCAAAAUUGAAUUGUGAGCUGGAAGCCUAUCGCAAAGCUAAUGAUAAGAAAUCCAAAUUUAAUGCCUCCAAAAAACUGGCAAAAGAAGCAGAAAAUGCCCACACACAGCUCAGUGAACUGUUGGUCAAGGUCAAAGAUGCAAGUAGUGCCGUGGAAACGGUAACCGUCGUAGAAACUGUGGUGGCUGUGACAGCGUCCAACGGUAAAGCUUUAGCGGAAUAUGAACAGCUUACUGCACAAAAUCGGGAACUGAAGGCCUCAAAUAUGGAGCUGCGUCGACUGUUAGAUGAAGCCAGGUACCAAAGUCAGGAAGACCAAAACGAAAAUCAAACUGCUAUUGAUCGUUCAGCUGAACAAAGUGUUGAUCAACAUGACCUACAAAACAAACUCAAGGAUGCUGUACAACAAAAUGAAAACCUUGAACAACAACUGACAGAGUUGCAGUCUCGAGUUGAAGAUAUCACCCGGGAAUUGCAUGAAUCGCGUACUUCUGAGUCAGAAAAAACUGAAGAAAUUACAAAGCUAACAGAUGAGAUAGCAAAUCUACGAAAACUUUCCGAAGACUUUGAUCGCGUCAUCAAUGACAAGGAAAUGGCGCACGAGCAGCAAGUCGAGCAAUUGACCAGACUGCGUAAACAGCUCGAAUCCAAAUGUGAAACUUACGAGCAGGAAAUGGAAAUUUUGCAAACUCUUGUUAGUGAACAAAAACAACAGCUGAUUGAAGCUUACAAAGAACACGAGCAUGAAAUGAACGAGAAGCUCCUGACAUUGCAACAAUAUGAGGAGCAAGUGCGAGAUCUUAAGCGGGAAUUGGCUGAAAUGAAACAAAACUCUUCAUUGGUCGGAACGGAAUUGACACGGGAAUUGCAGAGUGAAUGUGACAAACUGAAAGAUGCGUUGAAGAUUAACAAGAAUUUGGUGCAGGAACAACUGAACGAGUUGUCAAACAAGCAGGAUACCAUAGAUACCUUAAAUCAGCAGAUAAUUGACCUAUACAAAACCAUGGAAGAAAACUCUAUUAAAAUAAUCGAGAAGGAGGAUGAGAUUGCUGCACUUCAGGAGGAGGUAAAUAACAACAAGGAGUUGAUGCAGCAGCUGGAAUCAAAACUGAAAAAUACCGACGAAGAACGAAAGCAACAUCUGCAACAAUUAUCACAAACGAAAGCGCAACUAGGACAAUUAGAACAUUGCAAUCAGGAACAAUUGCAACAACUGACACAGGUACAGGCCAGUCACGAUCAAUUGGAACAGCGCAACAAAGAGCAAUUGGAAAAAUUAAAAAAAUAUGCAGCCAAUUUAAAGAAAAAAGCUCUUCAAGUUCAAGAAUUUGAAAAUAAGCUCAAAGAAAUUCAGAGUGAAAAGCACGAUAAUAAAGAGCUUGAAGAUCUCAGGAAUGCCAAUGUAAAUUUAAUGCAACAACUUGAUGCUAGCAAACAAGAAUAUGAGGCUACCAGCCACAAACUUGCAUUAAAGGAAGAAGAGCUGUUUGAUCUUACCAAGAUUAGAAAUGCCUUGGAACAGGAAGUACGGCAAUUGCAAUUAGCCAUAGAUGAAAAGGAAUCAUCCAUAAAAGAGAUGCAGCACAUUAAAUCCCGGCCAACUGUCUCACCUGAUCUUUCAGAAGAACUGGAACAACUGAAACAGGAACAAUUGCUCACUCAAAUUGAACUUGAAGAUUUACGACUCGAAACACAGGAGGCACAAAGAACUAUUGCCAAGUUAGAAAGUGAAUUGGAAGCCGCAAGACAAUUGACUUCCGAUUGGGGCGAUAAUGGUGAAGUUGAAAAUUUGCGCCUAGAGUUACAUACUGCCAAAAAUAUAAUCACAAAACUGGAAAGUCAAUUAACAGAGAACACUCAAAUGAAUGCCAAGCUCCAAAGCGAGUUAGAUGCAGCUAGGAAUGAUGUCUCGGAUUGGGGUGAUUCUGGUGAAACUGAAAGUUUACGACUGGAAUUACAUACUGCAAAGAACACAAUCACAAAGCUAGAAAGCCAGAUGGCGGAGAGUGAUCAAGUCCGCGAGGAACUUCUGUGCACCCAAGAAAAUCUGGCACUGAAAGUUCAAGAAAUCAGCGAACUGAGGCAAUCUAUAAUGGCUUUAGAACUACAAAGAGACAUCCCCAACAACGCUGGUGAUAACAGAAAUUACGAGAAACUGUCGAAAGACCUGGCUGAAAAAAAUAAACUUCUGGAAAAUCAUAUUUCCACACUGACUGAGAAGAACAAUGAGUAUGUUCAAAUAAUUAAUGAAAUGAAAGAAAAUCACCAGACAGAGGCAGACGAAAUUACAAAGCUUAACAACGAGCUUACAACACAGGAACAGCGCCUUAAAGAAGUGUCUGAAGAACUGAAAGCCAAAUCCCUCAAGUUUGAAAAGUCCAAAGCUGUCAUCAAAGAACGCAAUGGACAAAUACAACGUCUACAGACGCAACUUAAGGAAUUGCAGGAUAAACUGUCUGCAAUGCCAGAGGAAGAAGUUGUGGGGGCUGCAAAUCAAAGCAGCCAGUCUUUUAAGUCGGAAUUCGAAGCGCUGCAGGAAGCGUAUAAUCAACUUAAUGACAAAUACAAUACAGAAAAGGCUAAUUUCCAACAAACCAUAACACGCUUGGAAACACUUCAUGAUGGCAUACAAGCCAAACUUCAGGAAGACAUGUCCUACAUCGAGUCGUUGGAACAGGAAAACGCUAAUUUCAAAGAAAAAAUUGGUCGCUUGCAGGAAUGCGUAGCAUGUUUUGAAGAGCGUAGAACUUCAAUGGAGCGUAAAGUAAACCUAAUGGAUGCUCAAUUACAAUCCAGUUCCGAAGAACACGCCAAGACCGAAGACGAGCUGAUCUAUCGUCUGAACAUGCUCUCCGAACACGAUGAAGUAAUAGCUCAACGCCUCAUCGAGUCACAAAGUGAAAAAGAGGAAAUGGAAGAGAAUUUGCGCAAACUUCAAGACGAUAACAGCGAACUUCAAGCCAGAUAUCUUCAACUGGAGAAAGAUUUUGCUGAAUUUAAGGAGCAAAGUACCAAUGGAUUCGAGGAGGAAUUGUCACAUUUGCGAGAACAACUUUCGAAAGCCGAAUCUGAAUUUGAACGUCAAAAGGCCGUUUAUGAUGGAAAGCUGGCAUCUAAAGCUACAGAAUUGGAUGAACUGGAGUGUGAGUUAAAUGAUCAGUUGCAACAAGUAAAUGAAGAGAAGCGUGAAAUCUCUGAGAAACUCGAAAGACUAACAGACGAAUGCGCCGACCACCAAAAUGAAAUUCUGCGUCUCCAGGAAAAUCUCAAUACUUUGGAACAAGCCAAGUCUGAACUGGAGCGUGAAACUUCGUGGUUAAGAAUGCAAAGCGAAAACUCCCAGCAGGAUCUGUACGACUUACAAGAGUUGCGCAUGCAAUCGAUGCAAGAUAAGACCGAAAUUGAGAACUUACGACAUCAGAUCGAAACAUUGUCGUCGAAUCAUGAGACUGAAUUGCAAGGAUUGCGAAAUCAGAUAGCCGAGUUAGACACUCUCAGAAUGCAAGUGGGGCAGAAUCAAACUGACGAUCAGGUAUUCAUUGAAACAGAAAAUAAACGUCUCACAGAUUUGCUGGCUGAAAAAGAGGCGUUAAUAGAAAAUUAUCAAAGACAGAAUUUACAGCUACAAAUGGCUGCGGCCACAGCUUCUGCUAACACCAACGCCAAUCAGGUCGAUCCUAUCGCACUGGCUUUCGGCCUAACUACCCAAGCCAGCAAUGCAGCAUCCGAAAAUCAUGAAUAUGAACGUUUAACACAGGAAAUAAACGAAAAGAAUUCAUUGAUUGGUCGCCUCCAACAAGAUCUUAACACACUUCAAGCUGAAUUCAAUACUCUACUCGAAGCCAACCAUGAAAUGCAGCGACAAGUUAAUGAACAUCAGCACGAAGUAGCAAGUCUACAAACAUUGCAGAGCGUGAAUUCAACAUCAACAGUUGACCAACAAUCCAGCGAUGUAAUACCGGCUCCACCCAUGUUCUUCACUUUGGAAUCGACAGUGCGUUCGCCUUUUGAUGACAUUAUUCAAAGUCAAAACAGUGCAAACCAGCCAUCAGAGCCAUUGGAGCAACCAACAAUUGAGGAUCUUCAACGUAAUGUGUCAGAUUUGGAAAAGCAUGCGCAAGAUUUGGAACAAAAAUUGGUAAUGCGCAAUCAAAAGGAUACAGAGUAUGAAGAUCGUUUACGGGAACUGGAGAGUCGUGUGCUCGAAAGGGAACUACUCCUUCAACAAGCCAAGACAGAAAUGGCAAAUAUUCAAGACGAGCUCUCAACGAAGCUAGCUGCAGAACAGAAGGAACUCAGAGCCGUACGACAGCAAAUCGCCCAGUUGGAUGAGUUGCUUAAACGGAAGGAUGAAGAACUGGAAAAAUUGCGUCGUGAAGAGCGCGAGCGACUUGAUGAAUUGCAUUUGAAGAGGACGAUGCAUUCUUUAGAAAAUCAAAUAGUACCCGAUCCAGCCAUUCAACCCACUCUAGAUAUGUUCUUCGGAAAUUCUAAUCAAUCUCAAGAUUUCAAUCCUUUUGUUAUACCCGAGGUAUCUGCAGAGCCAGUAGUAGAGGAAAUUAUUGUACCAAAGAAGGUGCGUGAUUGUCAUCCGGAAGAAAAACGUAAUGCUCCGAUUUCAGUUCUUGAUAUUGGAGGAGACGAUUGGGGUGGAGAUGGCUGGGAAAAUGAGGCAGCAGCUGAAGCAGAACAUUUUGCUAAACAAUCCAUUGCCAUGACUGGCGCUUCUCCAGCAUCAGCCUCUUUAGUGCCUAGAGAACAACAACUGGAAAUUCAAAACCAAGAAUUAAAUGAACGCUUGCAAGAACUACAACUUGCUCUUGAACGCAGCGAAGAACAUAAAAAGGAACUGCACGUAAAAUCCGGUAAACUAAUGAAGAAGCUUAAGGAGUACAAGGUCAAGAUUGAUGAACUUCAAACGUCUGUAAACUCAUCUGCUUUCCGUAAGUCGUCUUCAAUAGAAUCUGGUCCAUCGAUGUUUGAUGAUUUGGAUGCGGCUAUUCAAGAAGAAAUGAAGGGACAAAUCAAAACAUUGGAAGCUAAAUUGGAAGAACAACAUAAACAGCAAGAACAAUUCCAGGUUGAGAAAGAAAAAUUAUUGAAACGAAUUGAUGUGUUGACCUCGGGCAAUGAACGAAUGGCCGAAAUGAAAGAACGGCAAGAUAUGGAGGUUCAAAUGUACCAAGCUCGCAUUAGGGAAUUGCAGCAGAAAUUGCAAACCCUCGAUGAUUGGGGAACAGAUAACACCGGUGAACAACCGAAACAGCCUUCGGAGGAGGGGGAAUCUGCUACUGCUCCUCCUACAAUUGCCGAUUUAGAUUUGCAAGCGAAAAUAAAGUCUUUAACUAUGGAGAUCCAGGAUGUAAACGGUGACCGGCAGGAAUUGCAGGCUUUGUUGGAAGAGGAAAAAUGCAAUUCACAACGAGCAGAGCAAACAAUAGAGUCCUUGCGCCAAAAAUUGUCUUUCUUAGAAGAAAACGCAGCCACAAACGAUGAAACAACACAGCUUAACAAUCUUAAGAUUGAACUACAAAACCUUCAAGAAGCAUAUAACACGCUCCUUGAUUCCAAUAAAAAGCUCUCUAAUGAUUUCGCAACUCAAGCGGAAGUUCUGUUGCUCUCUCAAACCAAUGAAUUGCGGCUAAAUUCUGAAUUGGAUAAUCUUCAGAAAGAAGUUAUCAAUUUAAGAGAAACUCUCAACAACACCAAACAGAGUUUGAUUGACUUGGAAGCAGAGUUGGCAUCGCUGAAGGAACAAAAAGAAAAACAGUUGGACGAUGCUAUACACAAACCAUUGGAUGUGGUGAGUCCAGAGUUGGAACAAAUACGACUGGAUAAACAGCAACUGGAAGAGCUGGUACAAAACCUUCGCAAGGAAAUUGAGACACUUAAGACUAGAACGUCUCAACUUGACGAAGAACGGCUCACGUUGGAAGAUAAACUACAAGCUCUUCAAACUGAAAAUGAGCAACUUAAACAAAAACAUAUCGGUGGACUAAGUGGCGAUGAACUAUCGGUGCAAUUGCAGGAAAAAGAAUCUGAAAUACUGCAUCUAAAGCAGCGCAUCAGCGAUCUUAUGAACGAAGAUCAGACUGAAAAACUUGUUUUGGAAAUAUUAACGAAAAACCAAGAAAUCCAAAUGCUAAAGCUUCAAGUAAAAGAUCUGGAGGAGGAUAAACACGAAUUGCAAAAUAACCUGUCACUGCAAUUGACCAAAGAAAUGCAAUCCAAGAAAGAAGCGCCAACUGAUGUUACUGCAAAGGAGAAGGAUUUGGAAAAACAAGUCACGGCUUUGUUGGCCGAAAAGAAACAGAUGGAGGAGGAACUACAGGUGCUAAACAAUCAUGUUUUAGAAAGCCUACAACAAGAGGACAAAAUGAAAGUUCUUACGUUAGAAUUGGAUACCAAGAAUGUGGAAAUUCUGGAGUUACGGAAGACUGUCGAAGCUUUACAGAAAAAUGGUGAAAACAAUACGGAAACGGGCGUAAAUUUUGAAGCACUUAAUGCUCAAUGGCAAUCGGUCGUAGAACAGCGUUGUGGGGAAAUUGCAAAAAUGUGGCAGGACCAUUUAGCACAACGAGAAGAAGACUUCAAAGCCCAAGAGGAACGAUUACGUGCUGAAAUCACAGCAUUAAAAUCGAACCAAACUAUCGAACCGGUUCAACAGCUAGUUUCGGUAGAAACAACAUCAUCGUCUACUCCAGGAUCAGAGUCGACCUCAGCCUCUGGUACCACAUCCGCUGAGGCUUCGCACGAUGGCACUCCGGUACGCAUCAGAACCAAGGAUAACGAUGCUGGCGUCGAAGCCUUAAUGGAGCAGAUGCAGAGAGCUUUGGAGUCACAAGAAGUGGAAAUUGUGACUCUUAAGGAACAGCUAGCAAUACGUUCGGCAGAAUAUGCUCGUUUGGCGGCACAAUAUGAUCCAUUCAAACUACAAGACACUUCAUCGCACAUUGGUGUUAUGGAUAAACGUAAAUCGACAACUACUUCCGAUGUUGCUCCCGUAACCAAAGCCGAACUAGACUUGGCCUUAUAUAUGUUGCAUCAACGGGACAUGCGUUGCGAAGAGAUGACCUUGGAGCUAGUUUCUCUCUUGGAAGAAAGAGACACGUUGCAACUGAAGUUGUCCAAUACGCUGCGUCAAAUGGAAGCAAUGAAAGCCCAACUGGGGGCGUCUGCUGAUGUUUCGUCAUCCCCAGAAAGUAUUUCGACGUCGCAACUACAAAAACCCCAAGAAACUAAUGCAAGUAGCUCAGUUGCAGGUUCAACGCAAACUACUGCAGACGACGAAUUAAGUCGGAAAUUAUCACAACUACAGACUGUAAGUCAUGCAAAAGACAAAGUAAUAAAGGAGGAGCGAGAACAACGUAUACGUCAGAUGGAGAAAUUUCAACAAGAUGUAGCUAAAAUGCCUCCAGCAGCUGUGUCAGAAUUAACUGGUACAGACAUGACCCAAGCAAACCAAGCCGCGCCAAAUGUCUUACUUAACUGGUUGUGGGGCAAUAAGAGUGGCCAGUCGGGAGGUUCACAACCGGAUUUCUAGGAUUAUUUUUGGAAGAAGUACCUUAUAAAAUUCUAUUAGAUUUCUUUAUUUGUUCGUAGCGUUUUUUUUUUAAUAACAUAAUUGCGGUAUGCAAUUUGCCCAUUGUAUGUACUAUGUAUCCAUGUGUAAAUAUCGUAGGAGACGAUUCUAACGAUCACCGGCAUAUCCCAUUCCCAAAGCAUUGGUGCCCAAAACCUGUCCAUGUUUAACACGUUGGUUUGGUUAGAAUUGUUUGUUAAUAUAGCCAAAACUAUUGAACGAUUUUGUUGGCAUCCAAUAUACCUAUAUUCUAUAAUAGCUAGAUCUUUUAAGAUGUAAGUUUAUAACUUUAAAUUCAACAUGUUUUACCAUAAACUAUCGUAACUUAUAUCAAGCAAACUAAUAAAAAUGUUAUUUAGUGGAAA